AUGGCAAUGCAAGACUGCAUAGCAGACAUCAGGAGGUGGAUGCAAGCGGAUAGAUUGAAGCUGAACGAUGAAAAAACAGAAUUCAUCGUAAUUGGAACAAAGCAACAAUUGGCAAAAGUAAGCGUCGAGUCGCUGUGCGUCGGAAAUGAAACCAAUGCACCAUCUGAUAAAGUGAAGAACCUUGGCUGUUGGUUCGACACGCACCUGAAAAUGGACUCGCACAUUAAUAACUGCUGUAGAGCAGCUUCCUUCCAUUUAUUUAACAUCAGACGUAUCAGGAAAUUCCUUAGCUAUGAUACUGUGCAAACUCUAGCUAAUGCUUUACUUACUAGUCGACUAGACUAUUGUAAUAGUCUCCUUUAUGCUCUACCGGCCAAUCAGUUAUGUAAACUUCAACGAGUACAGAAUGCUGCGGCCCGACUUAUCUGUAAUAUCAGUAGAUUUGAUCACAUAACUCCUGCUUUGCACAAACUACAUUAG